CGCCGCGGAAAGGAACCAGGAAUUUUCGCAGUUGAAGCUGAGCGUAAUUUUCGCUGAAUGUGAAAGCCUAGAUAACAGCGGACGCUUCCAUCGAUUCAAGAUGAGCCUCGAUAUCCAUGAUGAGGGACCCGGUUUCGUGGGAAUCAAGUUCUGCCAGGAAUGCAACAAUAUGUUGUACCCGAAAGAGGACAAGGAGAAUCGACAGCUGCUAUUCGCUUGUCGGAAUUGUGACUUCCAACAGGUUGCGGACAACCACUGUAUAUACGUGAACAAGAUCACGCACGAAGUAGACGAGCUGACCCAAAUCGUCAGCGACGUAAUUUUCGAUCCCACUCUGCCGCGUACGGAGGAGCAUCCCUGCCCGAAAUGUGGGCACAGAGAGUCCGUAUUCUUCCAAGCUCAGAGCAGAAGAGCCGAGGACGAGAUGAGACUCUACUACGUUUGUUGCAACCAAGGGUGUACUCAUCGCUGGACCGAGUAGAUGAGCGUUGUCAGAUCCCGAUCACGCACGUGUGAAUUGUAUUAUCGUUCUGUACAUGAAUGACGAGCUUCCCAUUCUCUAUGAUCCUGGGAAAAUCAAUCCUUUGCUCCGAAGAGAGCUGAUUGAUUCGAUCAGCGAACGUUGAGCGACUCCGGGACGGAAACGUUCCGACGAAGGUCGUCUGAGACCCGUCGCGACUUUGUGAAUCUGAAUGCUGCUUGUCCUCCAGCAAGACUUCGACGCCAUACGAGGCUGACAGAGAAUGAGAGACUUCUAGAAGGAAUGCGAAGCGUCGAUCAGUCAGACAAUUUAUUUAUUGAGAGCGUUACUACACAUCAGUGCUCAACUGCACCUAAUUACCAGUAUAUUUACCUACAGUCUUCGUCUGCAAAAACAAGAUUGGAAAUCGUAAUUUUUCCAA